CACUGUUUCUUGCCUUGUUGAAACAGUCACACACACUCUAGUUGAUGGUUACUUGCACGCAGAGGAUUGUACACUUCCACUCAGUGAAUGUGGGCAGCGCACUCACUUCUUGCUCUUGAAGCGGAUGGCAUGUGUCGCAUCCGUGGGAACUCUCUCCAAUAGGAAUCAUACAGCUUCAACCUCGCUGUAAACGCGGACAUGGGUGUUUCUCCAGACAUGUAUUUCCACGCAUUUCUGUUCCUGGUUGUGCAAUUCCGUCAGUGAUCGCAGCGACCGUGGUCAGGCGCGGUGUCACCGGCAUGUUUUGCUUUUUUCACGCCUCCCUGAUAACUUUGCGUGUGGCGACAGAGAGCACUUCUGUGUGGAUUAUUUGCAGGAAUGGUUCACGGGAGCGUGCUGCGUCCUGCUGCUACUGUCUUUAGGAAACAACUUCAAACAGCGCUGGCAUUCACGAUAACCAGUUUCAUGAUUUAUUAGAAGACAAAAAAGGGAGAUAAUGAGCAACCACAAGGGCGGCGGGAUGGCAUCGAAGGAGAGGCUGUACGAACUGUGGAUGUUGUACUACACAAAGAAAGAUGUGGGUUAUCUGCAGCAGUGGCUGGAGGCGUUCGUGGCGUCCUUUGAGAAGCUCAUUGAUGUGCAGUCACUGGAGCCUCGGAGACUAGAGGAGUGCAGCUCUGAGGUGCCCCUGAUCCCAAGGGAGGUCCUGCUGUUGCUCAGCACCCAGUUAUGGCACAGCACGGUGCACCUCACCGCAGGCACCGAGCACAACAGCAGCACCCCUCAUCCACUGCUCCUCAUCAAGUUCUUCAUCAUUGUGUGCAGAAACUUAGAGAACAUUGACCCAGACAAAACCCCUGGUUUUGUUUUUGAAACCAUCAAGCUUUUGGAUUUCUGUUUGGAACAGUUAAAAAAGGGACAAGGGGAGCAGUCCUCUCUGCAGCUGGUCGUGCAGUAUGGACUUGUGCUGUGUGAGAGUCUUUUUGACCCUUAUCAGACAUGGAGGAGACGGCUGGCAGGGGAGGAGGUGAGCUUGCUGGAGAGGAACAAGUAUAAGUUCUCCCCACUCGCCCUUCCAGAGGAGCUGCCUGCUCUCUUCCACGAAAGUCUCCAGGAAAGCGAGCAGAUCCCAGAGCCCCUCACACUCAGAUUGGUUCAUCUCCAGGGUGCAGUCAUCAGCGGAACCAAGAAAAAUGGCCUUCUCUCCAUCGCUCCUCAAUCUGUUGAGGAUCUGUUUUCUGUCCUGCGAGCAUGGUGCUGCCGGACCUCCACUGAACCUAAAGACACAGGGCUCCCCCGCCUGACCCUGCAGUGCCUGACUGCAAUGAUCCAUCUUCUGCACUCCAGCAGCCCAGCAGAGCGACAGGUGGAGAUCAGGGCGAUACUGGAGAGUUUCUUCCAGCUUCUUAACUGGAACCGUCCACUAAGCAGUGAGGAGCAGGACAGGCAGAGCUGGGAGGACAGCCUGAUUGCCCUGCAGAGCCAAAUGCUAACUGCUGUUCCUGAGAUCCUGCAGUGCCCUGACAGACCAGUGCUGCAGGCUGUGUUUCUCAACAACAACUGCUUUGAACACAUCCUCAGGCUUGUUCAGAACAGCAAGCUCUUUCAGAGCAAAAGGUGUAGGCCGGAGCGUGAGGUCGUGAGUGACCUCACUACGUGUUUACUCACAGAGGUUGAAGUGGACCAGGUCUUGGAGAAAGGAUCUGACAGUAUUACAGUUCAUGCGUUAGGUGUCCUCACAGCUAUAAUGAGUAAUUCACCCUCAGCUAAGGAGGUUUUCAAAGAGAGGAUUGGUUACCCCCAGCUGUUUGAUGUGCUAAAGAGUCAAGGUCAACCCACUAAAAGGCUGCUACAGGAGCUGAUGAACAUGGCAGUGGAGGGCGAGCAUGCCCACGCCCAUCAUCUUGGCAUUAGUAAUGACCGGCCUCUGCUGCUGCUCCUACAGUGGCUGCCUGACCUGUCAGGUCAGAGGGACCUUCAGCUGCUGGUCGCUCAGUGGCUAGCUGCCGUCUGUGGCGGCUCUUUAUCCUGCCGCACUGUGGCUGUUGAGGCGGGCAUGGUUGGGGCUCUGCUACAGGUUCUUUCCCAGCCUCAGAAUCUGGACAGGCAGUGUGCAGAUGCCCUGCUAGGCCUCCUGCAGGACCUGGGCUCACUGUGUCUUAGGCCAGAGGAGCUAAAGAGCCUCCUCAGGCUACUCAGAGUUGAUCAGGACAAUGGUCAUGUGGUGGGGAAGGUGCAUCCGUACUGCACCCCUAUGAUCCGGGUGCUCUCAGCUAUGGCAGCCAGAGAAGGCCAGGACAGUGCCCUGGAGUACUUUGAUCUUACAUCCCCUGUGGCGGGUAUAAUGGUUCCCACAAUCCAACGCUGGCCAGGCAGUGGGUUUGCCUUUCAUGCUUGGUUCUGCCUCAACAAGGAGUUCCCUUCAGAGUUUUCAAACAACAGAAAACCUUCUGCAAGCUCUAGUAAUGGAGCUCAGUAUGACAUGGGGAAAGGACCACGCAGAAAACAACUCUACAGCUUCUUCACAGCAAGUGGAACUGGGCUGGAAGCCUUCUUCACCAUGGAGGGUGUCCUCGUUGUGGCUGUUUGCACUAAAAAAGAAUACAUGGCUGUUACACUCCCUGAGCACUCACUGGCUGACUCGUGUUGGCACUCAGUGGCUAUAGUCCACAUCCCAGGUCGCCGCCCAUUCGGUCAGAACCUUGUCACCAUCUACAUCGAUGGUGAGCAGCGCAAAACAGCUCAACUUCGCUUUCCAUCUUUCAGUGAGCCAUUUACUUCCUGCUGCAUCGGCUCUGCAGGCCACCGCACCACAAUCACCACAACCUCCCCCAACCUGCCCACGUCCUCCUCCUCCAAUGCAUCAUCACCUGAGUUUUCUUUCCCUGCCCACACCCCCACGCUUAUCCGAUCCCAGUCAUUCCCAGCGUCCUUUGCGGGAGGCCGAUGGGGGUCUCUUGGAGACUCCCCUGUGCACACUAUAUCAGCAGGCCUGCAGGACACAGAGUGGGGGACACCCACAUCUCUGGAUGGGCUCUUGGGCACUGCCUUCAUCUGCCAUGAGGCUUUGCAGCAAACACAGACCAGAGCUCUUCAUGCUGCAGGCCCAAAUCACGUGUCUUUAUUCAAAGCAGAUGGAGAGUUGUCUGAUAUUAACAGCAAGCUUCUUCUGUACUACACUCCUCAGGCCUUCAAGAGCCAGAUUUGUCUGGAUUUGUCACCCAAUCACCAAUAUGAUGGCAGGCUUACAGGACACAGGGUAGUCAACUGGGACAUGAAGGAUGUUGUUAAUGUGGUGGGUGGUAUGGGGAUCUUUCUGCCCCUGCUUGAGCAGGUUUGUGAGGCAGAGCAUGCGUAUAACGGCGGUCAAGAGAUCUCAGACCUGCUGGGACCAGAGCUCACUUCCUCCAGAGGCCGCACCGCCAUGCUGCUGCCGCUGAACAAGUCUGCAGAGGGCAGACUGGAGAGAAACAGCAUUGCCGCCUUUCUGGUGAUGGUGAAAAACCUGAUUCAUCAUCACCCUGUCAAUCAGGAGAGCCUUCUGCACUGCCAUGGACCAAGCAUCAUCGGAGCAAUGCUCAGCAAAGUUCCUGGCAGUAUGAUGGACAUGAACGUUUUCAUGGCCUGUCAGCUGCUGCUUGAGCAGGUUUUCAACGAAGGCAACAGUUUACUCCUACAGCAGCUCUACCAUCACCUGCUAUUUGAUUUCCGCAUCUGGACUAAAAGCCAUUUUGCUGUCUGCAUUGCUCAUGUGCAGUACCUGUCGACUGUGAUCAACAAAGCAAAGCAGCGCAUGAAGAGGAAGUAUGGGGUCCAAUACAUUCUGGAUACAAUUCGCACUUACUACAGUGUGGAGAAAGAUGGCAGUCCUCUGUCUGAUGAAAAGCAGACAAUUCAAACCUCUCUGUUCAGCUUGCUCAAAGACUUCCUAAAGUCCCCGACACCAGAGGAGCUUCACAGCAUCCUAGCCUACAUUUUGACCGCCACAGAGGAGCAGCAGGUGGUGAGGGUGUUGGAUGUUCUGUAUGACCUGUUAAGGACAAGCCCUCCUCGUGAGCAGGUGCAGGCUGUGCUGCUUGAAUGGGGUGUGGAGCAGCUGUACUGUUUACUGCUCACCCAGAACUUUGGAGAUGAGGUCAGGGAGAGGGUUUUCAGGGUUUUGUAUAAAAUCCUCAAAAGCGAGCGCGUGUCUGAGCGUAAUAAGCAGCGCAUAAAGCUGAAGGAUUUUGGAUAUCUUGGCCUGGUGUUCUUCCUGGAAAACAUCCCAGUGACCAUGACAACAGUGCGAUGUCUGUAUGAGCAGGUUCUUGCUACAGAUGCCAACCCGAACUUCAGAGACCUGCUGGCUGUGGUCUCUCUGUCCCAUCAAGCUGAACUGACUGUCCGCUUAGACGUCUGUCGUAAGCUCUUCCACCUGAUCUACUCCAAUGAGGAUUAUGUGAAGCAGCUGGCUAAGCAACCCGGCUGGCAGGACAUCCUAACCAAACUCUAUGUGAAAGAGUCAUUCGAGUACUGUCCCGCCAGCAUGACUGACUCUGGCACUCACAGCUCCUUUGAGCCAAACUACCGUCCACCACUGCGCAGAGAUCACUCUCUAGUCAUAGAGGAUCCAAACAUCUUCCUGAGCUACCGAACCUCACAGGACAUUGAAGACCCGGAGGAGGAAGAGGAGGGUGGUAGACGGGACAUGUCUGAGGGAUUCUCUGAUUUAUCCCAGUCACCUCCGAGUGGAGGCGGAAGCACUCUAAAAAACUUCUCCAGCUCUCUUCAUUUUAAGUCGUUUGAUUCAGUGGAACAAGGAAGCCACUCAUCCUCCAUAUCUAAUGCAGUAGAUAUCAAUUCAUCUCGCCCCGAUGACGAAGGGAGAGACUACCAGCCCCUCUCCCCCUUUGGUACAUCACCCUUUGAUUUGGAGCUUGGUGGGAUGGGGGAGACGGGCAAAAACACCCCUGCAGGCAGUCUGACAAACACGCCGUCUCCUCUAGAGCACUGCAAACCUUUUCCACCACUGAGACCCAGAAAGAGCUCCAGUCUGUCAAACGUUUUAGAUGAUACAAGCUACGGGACAGACCCUCCUACUGGAGAUACAAUAUCCAACACAUCAAACCCACAGCAGGCCCCAGAGGAAGAGCUGUGCAACCUUUUGACAAACAUCAUCUUCUCAGUGUUGUGGUGCCGCAGUGGGCUGGAGGGGACAGAGGAUGUGGUGUGGAGAGAGAGAGGACAGGUUUUCUCUGUUCUUACCAAACUUGGCUCCUCCUCCCAGCUGGUCCGUCCUCCUGAUGAAAUAAAACGCAGUCUGUUGGAGAUGAUGCUGGAGUCAUCUCUGUCAGACCUGAGGGAGGCCCAGGGAGCGUCUCUGCCUUUCUGUCCCAGUCUGGUUCGACUCCUCAGGCUCCUGCAGGACUUUUUGUUCGCUGAGGGUACAAACAACCAUACAUUGUGGAGUGAAAAGAUCUUCGAGGGGGUGGUGAACCUGCUGGACAAGUUGCAGGCUUGGCAUAGCACCCCUGGCAGCCCCGGGAACACCGAACUGAAGGAGAUGGCACAGAUCGGCCUGCGUAUCAUCACUGCAUACAUCCAUCAGCAGCACUCACCGGUGCGUGAAAUGGCCUAUUUGAAGCUCCACAGUCUGCUACAAACAGUGCUUUGUCUCAGCUGGGAGGAGGUAUGCUUCCUGCUCGGGCAGCUUGGCUCCCCCUUGUGGCCAGGAGGUGCAAUGGACAGCAACAAUUGUGGAAAUGCAGAGACUUUCUCCCAGCUGGUCCCCAUUGUGCGGACGCUGCUGGACCAGCAUGCAGACCCUGUGGCUCUUCAAAACUUACUACCAAACCUGCCAAUCACCAAUGGCAGCGCCACCUUCGCUGAGGACCUGAAGGCUUACUGUCUCACGCUGGAGUGGCAGGAGUUUUUCCAACAGCAGGUUCAGCCCACCAUGGAGCUGUAUGAGUUGGACACUUUUGGGAGGAGCCAUGAUAUCAUGUCCAAUUUCUGGAACUCCUGCUUCGAUGACCUGAUGAGUACGGCUUUUAAACGAGACAAAGACAGAUCAGACAGCAAGACCAAAUUUCAGGAGGUGAUCGUGGACCCUUACCUGAAGCGAGUGAGAAGUGAGAACAACAGGUACUACAGUGUGCAGAAGCAGAUCACCAGCCAGCAGGGGGUGGUGUUGCAGCACUGGAAAGCUCUCCGAAGGCUUCUGACCAGUGAGAGAGGAGCAUGGGCCAACAGACUGCAACCAGAGGUGAAAUUGAAACUGUCUAAUGCAGAGACUUAUUCAAAGAUGCGUCUCAAACUAGUGCCCAACUACAACUAUGAUCCUCACAGUGAGGCCAGUGCGCAGAGAGACAACAUGGGAGCUGACAGCCCUCGUAGCUCUGAGCCACUUCCACUCGCUGUUGCAAAGGAAGCAAAAGUAAGUGACAUGGAGGAUGAUCAGCUUGGAGAAGAGGAUGUUGUCUUUUUGGAUGAUAAGGCGGAGGGAGAAGAUGAAAGCCAAAAAGAAAAACUGGUUCUCUCUGAAGACUGUGAACUCAUCACCAUUGUGGCGGUAGUCUCAGGUCGGCUUGAGGUUACCACACAUCAUCUUUACUUCUACGAUGGCAGCAGUGAGAAAGAGGAGACAGAGGAAGGAAUCGGGUUUGAUUUCAAGAGGCCUCUGUCCCAACUCCGAGAAGUCCAUCUGAGGCGCUACAACCUGCGACGGUCUGCACUGGAGCUUUUCUUCAUAGACCAGGCGCAUUACUUCAUCAACUUCAAAAAGAAGGUACGAAACAAAGUGUAUUCAAGAAUCCUGGGGCUGAGGCCUCCAAACCUCUUCUACUUUGGCUCUCGCUCCCCACAAGAGCUGCUGAAGGCAUCUGGACUGACACAGAAAUGGGUCUGCAGAGAAAUCUCCAAUUUUGAGUAUUUAAUGCAGCUGAACACCAUUGCUGGACGCACCUAUAAUGACCUGUCACAGUACCCUGUGUUCCCCUGGGUUUUGUGCGACUAUAUUUCUCCUGUUCUGAAUUUGGAAGACCCCAAAGUUUUUAGAGACUUGUCCAAGCCGAUAGGAGUGGUCAACGAUCGACAUGCACAAAAUGUUAGAGAAAAGUAUGAAAGCUUUGAGGACCCAACAGGCACCAUUGAUAAAUUCCAUUAUGGCACACACUACUCUAAUGCAGCAGGAGUCAUGCACUACAUGAUCCGCAUGGAGCCCUUCACAACUCUUCAUAUCCAGCUGCAGAGUGGCAGGUUCGACUGUGCAGACAGACAGUUUCACUCUGUAGCAGCAGCCUGGCAGGCUCGCAUGGAGAGCCCUGCUGACGUCAAAGAGCUCAUCCCUGAGUUCUUCUACCUCCCUGAGUUCCUGCAGAACAUGAAUGGCUUUGACCUAGGACGUUUGCAGAUGUCUCAGGAGCCUGUGACAGAUGUUCUGCUGCCUCCCUGGGCUACAUCAAGAGAAGACUUCAUCAGGAAACACAGGAAAGCUCUGGAAUGCGAGCAUGUGUCGAGUCACCUUCACGAGUGGAUUGACCUGAUCUUUGGUUACAAGCAGAGAGGAGAGGAGGCAGUGGAUGCACUCAACGUCUUCUACUACUGCACCUAUGAGGGUGCAGUGGACCUGGAUGCAAUUGUUAAUGAGACAGAGCGUAAAGCCCUGGAGGGAAUCAUCAGCAACUUUGGACAGACCCCAUGUCAGCUCCUCAAGGAGCCACAUCCUCCGCGUAUGUCAGCUGAGAAUGCAUCAAGGCGGCUGGCCCGCCUGGACACGAUGCCUCCAAACAUCUUUGAGCAGCUCACAAAACUUCGACCAUUUGUGGAGGUUGUAAGUGAUGGCCUUCCUCUGGUUCAGGCUGUGGUACCAAAGAACCAGAACCGCUCCUUUAUCAUCCAGGGUUCAGACAUACUGGUGACUGUGAGUUCAAAUGGGUUGAUCGGGACACACAGCUGGCUGCCGUAUGACAAAAACAUUGCUAACUACUUCACCUUCACCAAGGACCCCACAAUAAGUAAUCCCAAGACACAGCGUUUCUUGAGAGGGCCUUUUGCUCAGGGUAUGGAAAUCAGCGCUCAGGUGCUGGUGGUGUCCAACGAUGGCCGCCUAUUGUUCAGCGGAGGACACUGGGACUGCAGUCUGCGGGUCACCCAGCUGGGGAAGGGUAAACUGGUGGGAAGGAUCUGCAGACACAUCGAUGUUGUUACCUGCUUGGCUCUGGAUCUCUGUGGCAUCUACCUCAUCUCUGGUUCAAGGGACACAUCCUGUAUCGUGUGGCAGGUUCUACAGCAGGGUGGCUUCUCCAGUGGCCUGUCUCCUCGGCCAGUGCAGGUUCUCUGUGGACACGACCAGGAAGUCACCUGUGUGGCCAUCAGCACUGAACUGGACAUGGCUGUCUCAGGGUCUAAGGACGGGACCGUGAUCGUGCACACUGUCAGACGAGGACAGUUCCUGCGAACGCUGCGGCCACCUGGUGAAAGCUUCAUGCCUGCACAGAUUUCUGAGCUGCAGGUGGGAAUGGAGGGCCACAUUGUGGUGCAGACGUCACUGGAGGAACACUCUAACAGACAGGGCAAAUACUCCAUUCAUGUUUACUCAGUGAACGGCUGUCUGCUGUCCUCCUCCAGCAUGGAGGAGCAGGUGACUGCGCUCCACCUGGUCUCUGAAUACAUCAUCCUGGGGACCGUGGAGGGCAACCUCCACAUACGGGAUUUAUACAGUCUGGAUGCUCCGGUACCACCUCUGGCCUUAAAGGUUCCUGUUAGGAGUGUGUCCAUCACCAAAGAGUUCAGCCACAUCCUGGUGGGACUGGAGGAUGGAAAGUUAAUUGUGGUGGGGGCAGGGAAGCCGGAGGAGGUCCGCACAGGACAAUUCCCACGCCGCCUGUUCAGCACACGCCGGAUCUCUCAGGUGUCUGCAGGUGAAACCGAAUAUAAUCCCACUGAGACUGCUGGUAAAUGAGAUGAGCAAUACUGGAGGAACUUUGAGGACCCUGAUGCCUUGACCACCAAGAUGCUCAAUGCCACCUUCCUUCUUUUCUUCCUCUACAUGCUGGGAGACGAACUGUCCGCCUCAGCCACUGAUCUCUCUGAGAGAGAAACCAUACACUGAGCACUUUCUUUAUUCUUAAAUGAUUUGAUAUUUUAUGGUGUAUUUUAGAUAGAUAUGUGUACUGUUUUUAAUCAGCAUCAUUCCAAAGAGUGACCUUGUUUCAUGGAGGGAGAGGAGCUUGGUGUUUGAGGUCGUGAACUGAAACAGUGAGUCAUAUUUCAGGGAUGUGACUCAUUUGACACAGAGAAAAAAGUGACUCUGGACUGUUUCUUUUCCCUCCGGAGGAACAUCUGUGAUCCCUGUGCUGUUGAAUGUCCCAAAGCCAUUGAUUGGCAAUGGCACCUUCUUAAAAACUCCUGGACACUUGAAAAAAUACUGUAAAUGUUGCUUGAGAUUACCAUAUUGCAAUACUUUUAAAUACCACGUGAGGGUUGACUGUAAAGACAGACACGGGGUAAAAUCAUCACUAGUGAAACAAUGUUUAAGCCGAUUUCUCGAUCCUUUCACCACAAGUGCACCACAAUCUGUUUUCCUUUAGGCUCUACGCAAUGUAAACCUGUUACAAUUAAAGCAAUAUGUGCUUUAAUGGUUAAGUAUGUGAAAUAUGUUCACUUUUUAACGUAAUCGUGGAGAUUGAAUAGAGUGCAACUUAACAGGAGAGUCCUCUGAUGCCUUACAGAAGAUAUAAAACACCUUAACAAAUAUGUCUGUACUUGUACUUUAUUCCUGUUUUCUUUGAUCUGAUAAGUGCCUUUGUCCCUUGUGUUUUGAGCCAUGUAUAAACACUGAAUUCCAAUCAGCUACUUCUACACAAGAUUGCUGUAUGUCAUGACCACUCUAACAUGACUCAGAGGUGGAUAAGAUGUUGUGAAUGAACUCAGUAAAACUGU